AUGGCGCAGCUGAAAGAACACACUGAGGACGCGCGUACUUCUGAAGUUGAGAAAGUGAUCGGCCGCAUGAUCUUGAAGAACCCGAGAAUGCUCCUCAACGGAAAACAAGGGCUGGCGCACGAUCUCACAAAAGAUGGUGUCAUUAGAAUUCAUACUAAUCUACGAUAGGCUUAGGCCUGUUCACUUUUAUGGUCAAGCAACAUGUGUUACUUAUUUGAACCGCUUAUACUCAACGUUCUUCAUCAGCGUUUUUCCAGCUUUUUUAAAAGAUAAACCAUCGAUCGACGUCCACAUCCACUUCCACUCUAAUGAUCAUAGGUGCCUGUGUCGACGAUGAAGGUAAGUCUUUGUACUACCAAAACGUGGGCGACCUUGUUGUGAAUGAAUUUACGGAAAAAGCAGAUUUGGAAAAUGAAUCGAGCGAGGACAUGGACAGGCGUAUGAUGCGAACACAGACUCACGAGCGGCUCAUGUUCGCUGACGGUGGUGAGGAUCUGACACGAAUUGGCUUUGGUCAGCUCACUCUACGUCGUGGCUGGGAAGUUGUCGCAUACGGAACAAUCAAACUCUCCAAGGACGGCGAUGAGUACUUUAUUGAUUUGCCUCUGUUUGUCUUUUGUAAUCCAGUGUUUCGACGAAGAAACUUCAUUUUGGUGCUUGCGCAUGCGCUUCUUAUCUGUGUAUAUAAAACUGCAGUUCUUUCGACUGUCAUCAAGAAGUGAAGAAAUAUAGGACGUUAAAUUUAAGAUCGUGAAGAAAUAUAUCUUCGCAUUUGUCGUUAUCUUCAUCGCAGGUGGUCCGAGCGCGAGUUUCAUACUUUGGAAUUUGAGUACCCACUACGACCCUGGUAUGUGCGCGAGCGCACGCGUCACGGACCCGGUAGCAGUAUGCAUCCAUCGAGGGACAGUGUGAAGUUUUACGAUGCCGGAAACUCCUUCAGCUACCAUUCUGCGGAAGAUCGCGGAAGCCAUGCUGGUGGACAUUAUUCCCAGCACUCCUAUUGCUCAUCCAACAUUUUUCAGACCUGCAACACACAGAACAGCUGGCACCAGAGUCGGGGUCGGGUGUCGUAUAACGGAAGUCACUAUGGUACUCAGGCUGCGAGCGCCGGCCAGCACCACUUUGUUCCUCCUCCGCCACCGGCCAAUCCGGGUUUCGUCAGCUGCCAAGGCAGUGCGAAUACGACCCACACCGGUGCCGCAUUGUUGUAUCCAACUUCAUCUCGCGAUGGCGCGACUCAUGCUGGACAUGGUGGAAACGGUGCCUCGCCGCCAUCACCAUAUGCUACUGGAUUGGCACCCACAAGAAGCAAAGGCGACUACAAUGCAAACGCUGCUUUCCAGCAUCCAGGCUAUCAUGGACAACAUGAACAACAGCACUAUGCUCAUCAUCUAGC